GCUUCCCUGACCCCGCCGUGGAGUUUCGGGAGGCCAUGGAGCAGCACAUCCCCAUUCAUGCGCUGCCCGAGGAGAUUCGAAAGAUGUCCCGGGAUGAGACAGUGUGUAAAUACUGUGGAGUCAGCUAUUUGAUACUUCAUGAAUUUAAGGUGAUGGAAGAAAAAGUAAAAGCAAUGGAAAAGGAGAUUAAAUUUUAUGAAGGAAGUAUAGAACGGGAAAAAGGACUUCAAGCAGAAUUGCAGUCUCUUUACCAGGACCUUGAACACUAUCGAGCUGACAGUGAAUCAAAAACAGAAAGAAUAAAAAACCUAACAGUGGAACUUAAAACCAAGCAAGAUGAAUUAAAAAAUGUGAAAGAAGAUUUGCGGUAUUUCCAAGAAGAAAAGGAAGCUGCCUAUAAGCAAUCACAAGUGCUCAGAAAUACAUUGGAACACCAUUGCUCAACUCUGAACAAGGCUGUCUCACUGUUUCCUUUUAUUAGAAGUGAACUAGACAGUAUUAAAGAAGUCAUAUCCAGUAACCUGGAGAACUGGGCUGCCAUGAAAGAAGAAAUUUUUCUACAAAUAAAAACGGUUAGCAAAGAAGCUUUGACAGAAAUACCCAAAUUGAAUCAAAGAUUAGCAAAAUCCCAGAGAGAGAAUGAAUGCCUACAAGAAAAGGUAAAACAUCUGACGCUGGUGGCCGACACGGUUGAGCUGAAAACUCAACAGCUUCAAACUUCACUUCAGCAAGGGAAUGAGCUUCAAAGUAGAUGCCGUGAACUACAAAAGGAAACAUUAGAUUUAACAAAUCGAGUAGAGACAAUUGGACUGAAGCUGCAGAAAGUAACAGCUGAGAUGGAGCACUACAAAAAGCUGUUAAUGGUGAAAUCAGCAGAACUUGAUGUCUGUCAAAAUGAACUGAAAAAAAUGAAAUAUGAAAAUGGAAUUUCUGAGUCAAGACUUACAAAAGAGCUCAAGGAAAAGGAGGACUCUCUUCUAAUUUGCCAACAAGUAUGCAAACAUUUACAGGAAGAGGUGGCUGAGAGAGAAAGGAAAGAAGAAGAUCUAAAAAGACGAACCGGUCGAUCAGAAAGUGAGCUGGAAACACUUAAAGCUCUUCUUAGGCAAACAGAGGAAGAGGUGGUGAUGUUGAAACAAGAAAGGGAGUUAAUGCUGAUUUCUCAUCAGAAUAGAACAGAGCAGCUGCAGGAAACAUUAAGACAGAAGAUGCGGAAUGAAGAUAACUGGAGGGAGAAGAUGGAAAUUGAUCUGGCUAAAGGUGAAGCACGACACAAAGAAGCAAUUCUUAAAGUCAAGGAAGAAGCGAGAGUGGAACUAGACAUUGAAAGACAAAAACAGCAAGAACUAAUCACAAAAUAUCAGAGAGAUCAUGAAGAGCUCCAGAAGAAGAUACCAGGAUUAAUAUCCAGUGCCACCAAUAGCUUAAGGAUGGAGACAGAAAUCCUUGAAAAGAAGCUACAAGAUGCCCAGAUCAAACUUGCAGAGAAAGAUGAAGAUAAGGAAAAAGAAAUUCAGAGCCUUAAAAGACUAGUUACUGAACUUGAAUUUCAGCUGAUGAUGGAAAAGAACAAUAAUGAAUCAUUCCUGGAUAAUAUGAGGAAAGAAAUUAAACACAAGUCAGAUGAACUGGAAAAAUUAACCCAGGAGAGGACACAGCUGAUUCACAAUUUGAGUCAAGUUCAAAAGGAGAACACUCUUCUCCAGGAGACGGUGCGCAGAGAGUGUGAGGAACGCUAUGAGCUGACUGCAGCUUUGACUCAAGCCAGGGAACAAGUACUGGAACUAAAAAAGCUCAGUGGAAACUUCCCGUUAUCGCCGUGUUCCCUGACUCAGGGCAGCCUAACCUCCUCUGCUGCCCUGCUCGCUGAUUACGGACAGAAAAGCCGCACGAGCCCCAGCGCUGGGAAGGAAAUCAAUCUCUCUGGACAGUUUGGUAUUUCAAGAGCUGCUAAGGCACCCACCUCCAGCAAGCGUAACAGCAGCGGCAGUAACAUCAGCUCUGACUUGGACUGGAACUUCAUGGGAGGAAAGGUCCUGACUUCUUCAAGCUUGAAAAUUGUUAUUCCACUGUCCACCCAGAGUCUUCCUGUGCUGAAGUAA